AUGGCCGCCGCCCAGCCAUCGUCGCGGCACGCCCUCGCCCUCCCCCCGACGCUCUCCCCCGACGACCUCGACACCCUCUCCGAGCUGUCCACCGUCCUGGCCAAGGUCCGCGCCGGGAUCCAGUCCUCCUCGGGCCUCACCGCACCCGGCGGCGGCGGCACGGGCACCACCCCGGGAGCGAACAACCACAACAACAACAGCGGCGGCGGCGGCAGCGGAGCCGGCGGCCACGGCGGGGCUGCAAGUGCCGGCACCGGCAGUGGUGCUGGUGGUGGCAACGACGCCGGCGCCGGCAACGCCCAGCAGCUCUCGUUCAAGGACGUGCCCGGCGCGACCGACGGCAUCAAGCACAAGCUGCAGCACGCGCGGGCGCAGAUCCGCUCCCUGCCCGACAUGGACCGGUCCAUCGACGACCAGCAGCGCGAGAUUGCCGAGCUCGAGGCCCGCAUCGACCGCCAGCGGCAGCUGCUGGAGCGCCUGCGCGAGAGGGGCGUGCAGUUUGGCAAGGAGAACGGCGCGGGCGGCGAAGACGUCAAGAUGGAGAUGUAA